AUGCGCACUCUUCACCGAGCCCUUCUUGUCCUGGCCGGAGCUGUCCUGGAAGCUUCGCAGGGUGCUGCCGGGCUCUCGGCUGCCGAGUGGCGGAGCCAGUCCAUCUACCAGGUUGUCACCGACAGGUUCGCCCGGACCGACCUGUCGACCACGGCGUCUUGCAACACGGCAGACCAAGUCUACUGCGGAGGGACAUGGCAGGGGCUCAUCUCCAAGCUGGACUACAUCCAGGGCAUGGGUUUCACCGCCGUAUGGAUCUCACCAGUGGUCAAGCAGGUGGAAGGCAAUUCCCAAGAUGGGUCGGCCUAUCACGGAUACUGGGCGCAGGAUAUCUGGGCCUUGAAUCCAGCUUUUGGGACCGAGGCGGAUCUCGCUGCGCUCGCUGCGGCACUGCAUGCCCGAGGCAUGUAUCUCAUGGUUGACAUCGUCACCAACCAUAUGGCAUACAUGGGUUGUGGCACCUGUGUAAACUACAGCCUGUUCAAUCCCUUUUCAUCGUCAUCGUACUUCCACCCAUAUUGCGCCAUCGACUACAGCAACCAGACGUCGGUCGAGGUUUGCUGGCAAGGGGAUAACAUUGUCAGUCUGCCUGAUCUGCGCACCGAGGAGCAAGUCAUCUGGAACCGCUGGGUUAGCCAGCUCGUGUCCAACUACUCCAUCGACGGCUUCCGAGUCGACAGCGCAAAGCACGUCGAGACGUCCUUUUGGCAAGGCUUCUCGACAGCGGCGGGCGUGUACCUGCUGGGCGAGGUCUUUGACGGGGACCCGUCGUACGUGGCGCCUUACCAGAACUACCUCAACGGGGUUCUGGACUAUCCCAGCUACUACUGGAUCCUCCGGGCUUUCCAGUCAUCCAGCGGCAGCAUCAGCGACCUCGUCUCCGGGCUCAACACGCUCCAUGGCGUUGCUCUGGACCUUAGUCUAUAUGGGUCCUUCCUCGAAAACCACGAUGUGGCGCGGUUUGCGUCAUUCACGCAAGACAUGGCCAUCGCAUUCACAAUGUUGAAAGACGGCAUCCCCAUCAUAUACCAGGGACAAGAGCAACAUUACUCUGGCGGAACGACGCCCAACAACCGCGAGGCCCUCUGGCUCUCGGGCUACUCGACUAGCUCCGAGCUUUACAAGUGGAUUGCCGCCUUAAACCAGAUCCGGGCCCGAGCAAUUGCUCAAGAUGGCGGCUAUCUCUCCUACAGCAGCCAACCCAUCUACUCGGACAGCCACACCAUUGCCAUGCGCAAAGGCACCUCGGGAUACCAGAUCGUGGGCGUGUUCACCAAUGUCGGGGCUUCGUCGUCGGUCACGGUCACCCUAACCUCUUCCGCGACGGGCUUCGGGGCGAACCAAGCACUCAUCGACGUGAUGAGCUGCACCGCCUACACCACAGAUUCGACGGGAGCCCUCACUGUAACCCUGAACGACGGCCUGCCCAAGGUGCUUUAUCCGACUGCGCGGCUCUCGGGCAGCGGUAUCUGCGCAGGGAUGACCAGCACAGCGCUGCCGACGUCAAGCUCGACUGCAGCAUCAGCCACGACGAUGAACAUCACCUUCAAUGAGCUCGUCACCACGGCGUGGGGGGACACAAUCAAGCUGGCCGGCAACAUAUCCGCUCUCGGCAGCUGGAGCCCAAGCAGUGCCUUGACACUGAGCGCAUCGCAGUAUUCACAAAGCAACCCGCUCUGGUCCGUCACAACCGUGCUCGCUCCCGGAACGGUGAUCGAGUACAAGUUUAUCAAGGUCAGCGCCUCCGGGACAGUAACAUGGGAGUCGGACCCGAACCGCGUCUACACUGUGCCCUGCGCAACUGCGACGGACAAUGCACGAGUGGGCCGGUGCGCGACAAGUUUGAGCACUCAUGCCCAUUUCACCACGUAA